AUAUAAUAUUGUAAAGUUAAGCCAAUCCGAAGAGCUAUCUCCUCACUCACUCUCUCUCUCUCUCUCUCUCUCCUAAACCCAAUCCAUUCUCUCUCACUAUCCACUCCUCGCCGAAAUGUCACCGGCCCCAGUCGUCGAGCCAGUCGCCGCCACCGACUCCUUGACCGAGGAAGUCCUCUCCACCGAGAAACCCCUCAAGACCACUCCUAAGAGCGAGGAAGAUGAAGUUAUAGUUGAGGAUGUUAAGGACGAUAAGGAUGAGGAUGACGAUGAUGAGGACGAUGACGAGGAGGACGAUGAUGAAGCGGGUCUUCCUGGUGCAGAUGGGAAUCCCAAGCAGAGUAGAAGCGAGAAGAAAAGUCGCAAGGCAAUGUUGAAGCUCGGUAUGAAGCCAGUUACAGGUGUUAGCAGGGUCACCAUCAAAAGAACCAAAAAUAUCUUAUUUUUCAUCUCGAAACCUGAUGUUUUCAAGAGCCCUCAUUCCGAAACAUAUAUCAUAUUCGGGGAAGCAAAGAUAGAGGAUUUAAGCUCUCAGUUGCAGUCACAAGCUGCCCAACAAUUCAGGAUGCCAGACAUGAGCGCCGUGACAGCCAAAGCUGACAGUGCUGCACCAGCUGCUGGUGUCCCAGCCGAAGAAGAAGAGGAAGAGGUUGACGAAACUGGUGUUGAGGCUAGGGACAUUGAUUUGGUGAUGACACAGGCUGGUGUUUCAAAGAUCAAGGCUGUUAAGGCUCUGAAGGCUCAUGAUGGGGACAUUGUUAGUGCUAUAAUGGAGCUCACCACUUAACUUAGCAUUCUUACAUUUUUAGUGCAGUUUAAUUAUUAUUCUGAGUUUAUCAUUAAGUAUUGUACUUAAAUUGGUUUCCCAUCUAUAUGGAGGCUUAGAUUUUGCAUAUUCCCUUUGUGGACAGAGAUCAUUAGUUCCAUUUCCUUAUUAUUAUUA